UGAGACCUUAAGUUCAGAUUCGCAAGCACAGACAUCGCGUACUCCGAAAUACUGUCAGCACUCUAAUCGCAGGAGACAUUGUUUCAUGAGGGCAGACUACGUCACUCACUCCGCCAAGACACGUUUCAGCCCCACCUGCCUGCCUACUUCGUCGCCCUGGCCCUGUCCAUGCCUCUCGAACAACACCAACAAUAUCAAAGCAUCAGCAAUCAUGGCCAGCUGGAGAUACGACCGCGAUGACGACCAACACCACGGAAUGAACCCCGUAGGCUACGAUGCCGAUACACAAGUCUACACCUACAGAGACGAUCAAGGCAACUACUACCAAACCGAAGAAGGAACCGGACGACAUGGAAAUCUCAACUACUCUCAUACCUCUGCAAACGUGGCUCCGCAAUCUGGAUUCAAUGGCGAAAAUAUCCCCGCUGAAGCUAUCGAGAAUGAUUGGAAGAUGAUGAAACCGUUCUUCUUGCUUGUGACGGUUGUGUUGAUGACGAUUCUCUGGUAUGUUAAUUCUGGAGGGAGCAAUAAAGUGCCAGCGAUUACGUGCGGUCCUGGUCUCGAGAAGUAUAAGAUUUCUCAGGGCGAUACUUGUUGGGGGAUUGCGGAGGCGAGGAAGACGAGUGUGGAGAAAAUUGUGGAGGUGAAUGAUGGGAUUGUUUGUGCGAACUUAAAAAUUGGGAAGCAGAUUUGUGUUCCUGAGGUGAAGUAGGGACUGCGGUAUAGAGAGGUGCCGCUGCCGCUGCCGCGGAUUUCGGCACCUUCGCUGGCCGCGUGAAGUCCCAAGACGUCAACCAGGACUGUAGGCAGUAGUAUGGCGUGCUAUGCUAUGCUACUGAACGAGCACGGACAUGGAUAUCAGAUUGUGAUGAGUGAGCACAGGGCGUGGUGUCCAGGAUCUGGCUUGAUGUCGAUGCUUGAACACGGCUAAACCAGGAAUCGCGGCUUGGCUCGGGACUUCUUAAACAUUGCCUAUCGACCUCAGACUAUGCAAACAAAGGUCACAUUGCAACGGAAGACGGACAUUCAACAGUCACCACAACGAUGGCAGAUCAAUACGAAUUCGAGCGCAGCGUAUCUGUCUAUCCGGUCGAUGGAAAGCCAAACCACUUCACGAGCGUCUAUCGACCAUGGAGUUGGCCACUAGUCCAAAGGGCGGCAGGCUCAGUGCCUAUAACAGAGGGCACUGCGGCAGC